AAAGUUUUAGCGUUUUGAAACAUCAUGGCUGCCUACACGGUUCCUGCUGCUGCCAAAUACUCAAAAUAUGUUUUACUAAAAGAUGCUUUUCUGACUUCAAAUAAAGUGUACCGACUCUCAGCCAUUUGUGCUGGAAAAGGUUACACUAGUUGGAGGACAUGCAGUUCAUCUGCAUCAUCCUGCUCCUCUGAGUCUCCAGCAGCAGAUAUUUGUGCCAUCAGUGGACACUAUGAUCGCCUCGUUCAGUGUGGCUCCCUGCAGAAAGAUGCUCAGCAGAGAAAUGUUCUCCUGCAGCUGAGCCAGCUGCAGCACACCCUGAAGAACUAUAAUAACAGCAUCCACUUCAACCCACCUCCACCGGGGCUACACUCAAAAGAGAAGGGAGAACCCGCUCCACCACCCAAAGGCUUCUAUCUUUAUGGAGAUGUUGGCACAGGGAAGACCAUGCUCAUGGAUAUGUUUUACUCCCGUGUGGAAAACACUCGUAAAAAGAGAGUCCACUUCAACGGCUUCAUGUUGGACAUCCACCAAAGGAUCCAUCGGAGGAAACAAAGCCUGCCAAAACGAAAGCUAGGGGAAAUGUUCACCUAUGACCCCAUAUCACCGGUUGCCAUGGAGAUCAGCGAUGAAACCUGCCUCUUGUGUUUUGACGAGUUUCAGGUGACCGACAUCGCUGAUGCCAUGAUCCUGAAGCAGCUGUUUAAGACGCUGUUCAAGACCGGAGUGGUGGUGGUGGCCACCUCCAACAGACCCCCUGAUGAUCUGUACAAAAACGGACUUCAGAGGGACACCUUCCUACCUUUCAUCGACGUGCUGAAGGACUACUGCCACACCAUCUGCGUAGACUCUGGGAUUGACUACAGGAGGCUGGACAACGUUGCAGCGGGGAAGCUCUACUACCUCACUGGGGAGCCUGGUGCGGAGGCCUUCUUGAAUUCGCUUUUUGAGGAGUUGGCCUUAAGUCAAAAGAGUGUUACAGGCCCUCGGUUUCUCUCAGUACUGGGCAGGAAGGUGACUCUGGAGAAGACCUGUGGCUCCAUCGCCGACUGUACUUUUGAUGAGCUGUGCAGCAGACCUAUGGGUGCCAGUGACUACCUGGAAAUGGCACGGCUCUUUGACACCGUAUUCAUUCGCCAUGUUCCCGUGCUGACACUGACCCUGAAGGACCAGGCCAGACGCUUCACCACCCUCAUAGACAACUUCUACGACAACAAGGUGAGAGUGGUGCUGCUGGCGGCUACUCCUUUAGACCAGCUGUUUGUCCACACUGGAGGGGACGACGAGAGGGACAGACAACUGCUGGAUGACCUGGGCCUCAGCGGGGAGGCAGCGGCGCACCUGACUCUGUUCACGGCCGAGGAGGAGAUCUUUGCCUUCCAGAGGACCGUCUCCAGACUGAUGGAGAUGCAAACGGAGUCAUACUGGGUGAAGGGAGACCGCAGUCGCAACAAGAAACGCAUGAACACCUAACAUCCACUGCUGACUGCAUGAUGAUCCAUUUACCUCCAGACAACACAGUACCUCAUUAACUACUGACACUACAUAAGAAAGAGAAAAGACCCUAAUGUAUUCAAGAAAGACCUGAUAUAUCCGCAACAAAACUAGAUUCUAGUUUUCAAUUUUGGAUCUGAAAUCCCCUCAUUUUAUGCAUGUGAGUUAUACCGUUUCCUCUUCUGCGAGGAGUGCUCUCUCCCCCUUGUGGACUAUUUAUUUGAAAGAAUAUGUAAACCUCACCAACAUGUGUGAACCACAAGACAAACAGGUGCCCACUUCAGAGGGAGAGGAAGUGUCCCUCAGAGUAAUUGGCUACCGCCCUCUAGUGGGCGAAUGUGAAAAAGGUUUCAAUAUUCUCAAGCUUUUUUUAUGGAACGAUAUCAGUCUGUGCAUUGAAUUAAAUCUCAAGUGUAUAACA